AUGGCGGCUGAUGAUAAAGUUGCCAUUUUAACUGAUGAUGAAGAAGAGCAGAAGAGAGAGUAUGUGCUUGCUGAUCAUUUCAAUGGAAUUUCCAAGGAGCAAGAUCUCCAGCCCCAAAAUGAAACCCCUUCAACUGAGACCACCGCUGUCCCAGAUGAGGAGCUAGACUGGUUAGAAAGACACUGUGUCAAAAUAAACAAUGAUCUUCUGAUCUCCAAGGUCUUUUAUUUUUUCUUUUAUUCUGCAUAUGGCUCCCUUUACCCAUUGCUUCCUGUGUAUUAUAAGCAGCUGGGCAUGUCGCCUAGUCAGAGUGGACUUCUGGUGGGCAUUAGGUACUUUAUUGAAUUCUGCAGUGCUCCUUUCUGGGGAGUGGUGGCAGAUCGCUUUAAAAAAGGGAAAGUUGUCCUUCUCUUUUCGCUUUUAUGUUGGAUUUUAUUUAACCUGGGGAUUGGAUUUGUUAGACCAGCUACCUUAAGAUGUGUACCAAAGGUCCCUCCACCACCACAUCCUUCCAAUGCCAGCCACCUUUUAACAUCGCUGCCGCAAAAUGCCACCAUUUCUUCUCUACUAACUACAGCUAGUGCUACAUUACAGAAGGGUCGUGGGAAGCGGGACCUGUUAGCCAACAGUCCCCCAACUUUGGAAUUGUUUCCAUUUUCUGCUCAGACCAGAAAUGGAGACCUUGCCUUGGAUAACAACAAUACAAAUUUUAUUUUAAAGAAUACCACCACUAACCCAGGACUACCAGGAAAUAUGACCCACCCUACACCACCACCUGUUGUCACCACGAAACCAGUAUCUUCUGACCACGUCAUGCUGGUUUAUGAUCAUCAAGAAGUAGAAGCUAUCUUUCUACUCAUUCUCUUGGUUGUUAUUAUAGGAGAGUUUUUCAGUGCCUCAUCUGUUACCAUUGUGGACACCGUGACUCUCCAAUACCUUGGCAAACAUAGGGACCGCUAUGGCUUGCAACGGAUGUGGGGUUCUCUGGGCUGGGGACUGGCCAUGCUAUCGGUGGGAAUUGGUAUAGACUAUACCCGUAUAGAAGUGAUCAUCGAAGGUCUGGGGUGUAAAGCUCCUGAGUACAAGAACUACAGGAUUGUUUUCAUAGUCUUUGGUGUACUGAUGUCAAUGGCGCUUAUUGUGGCCACCCAGUUCAGAUUCCAUUAUAACCACUACAAAGAAGAUGAAAACAAGAGGAAGGAAGUAGAGAUCCCACAGGUGGAUGGAAAUGCCUCCACUGAAUCCUCUGAUGACACCCCUAGCAGCAUAAGCCAGUCUCAGUCAUUCAGUUUUUGGGACCUGAUAAAGCUCCUUUGCAGUAUACAAUAUGGGUCUGUGCUGUUCGUGGCUUGGUUUAUGGGGUUUGGGUAUGGGUUUGUGUUCACCUUUCUCUACUGGCACUUGGAAGACCUGAAUGGCACUACCACCCUCUUUGGAGUCUGUUCUGUCUUGAGCCACGUGUCUGAGCUGACUGCCUACUUCUUUAGCCACAAGUUGAUUGAACUGAUUGGUCACAUCAGAGUGCUCUAUAUUGGCCUUGCCUGUAAUACAGCUCGCUACAUUUAUAUCUCCUAUUUGGAAAAUGCCUGGACUGUUCUCCCUAUGGAAGUACUUCAAGGUGUAACCCAUGCAGCCAUAUGGGCAGCUUGUAUUUCGUAUCUUAGUGCUGCAGUGCCUCCAGAAUUAAGAACUUCAGCUCAGGGGAUUCUACAAGGUCUCCACUUAGGUCUGGGCAGAGGAUGUGGGGCUGUGAUCGGAGGGGUUUUGGUCAACUAUCUUGGGGCUGCUGCAACAUUCAGGGGGAUAGGAAUGGCCUGUUUAGUGAUCCUACUACUCUUUGCAUUAAUCCAGUGGCUAGCUGUUCCUGAUGAAAAAGAAGAGAAGACAAUGCUGGCAGAAAGGAUCCCAGUGCCUUCCAGCCCUGUUCCAAUAGCAACCAUCGACCUCAUACAUCAACAGUCAUGCCUCGAAGAUAUCAUGCCUCGAACUGAGCCCAGACUUCCUCCCAAGAAAACGAAGCACCAAGAAGAACAGGAAGAUGUGAACAAGCCUGCGUGGGGGAUCAGUUCUUCUCCCUGGGUUACUCUGGCUUACGCUGUCUAUCAAAUAAAGGAGAUGGUACAGCUGUCUAAAAGCAAUCUGAUGCCUGAAAACCAGCCUUUGCAGAAAGCCAGUGAGAAUCAGAGUGCUCCAGCAGCCAGUCCAACAGAACAGCCCCCAAAUCUGAGAGAAACUGAUGAAUCCAGAGAUUGUUCAAUACCUGCAGCGACACUCAACUCCCAAACUGACCCAGAGCCCCCUAGUGUUGGAUCAGCUUCCCUUUCUCAGUAA